UUUAUCAGUAGGUGUUUGGUGAUUGUACUACGGAAAUACGGAAGUGGUUUGUGAGAGAAAAUUAUUCUCAGUUACGGAUUUAGGUGUCCAUUAUCGCUGUAUUUUUAUUAAUAAUAUUUUGAUUAUGUUAAGUAUUGAUUUGAAUUUAUGUCCAGAUAUUAUUUAUUAUGUCGAAAAUCAUUGAUAAAACUGGAAAACUAUAACAGUGGUGUUUUAAUAAUUUAAAAAAUAUUAUCUUUUAACUAAUAUGACUGUAAGUACUAAGUAUUGUUUCAAUAUGUUAUUCCCUCAAAAUACCUAUUAUAGUAACACAUUACACCUUUACCUAUAAUUGAAGAUGUGAUAAUUACUAUAAAAUUGGUUAAUAUUGUUAUUUAUGUAUUACGUAGACUGAAAACAAUGGAGACUUUAGUUUAAACGAUAACCAAAAUAUCAAAGUUCAAACAGUGAACCCAGGUCAAGUGAUUAAUGUGAGUAAUAUGAAUUAUUUCAAAUGCUUUUAUUAUGUAACUAGGUAGCUGUCUUGCCAGAUGUUUCCCGUACGAAAAGAAAUACAGUCCAACAUUGUACUAAGCAACUAGUUUUAACAACUGGUUGUUGUGUGUAUUCUCAUGAAAAUUAUAACAGCCCUUAAACUUAUUUGUUUUACUUUUUUUCACUGUAUCACCAAGGGAACUUAUAAAUCAAAACAAAUUUGACUUUUAUACCGAAAAUAUGUAUGUAUAUAACUUGUGUGGAAUUUUGAGGAAAAACAUAUCCUAUAAGUUAUUUUGGUCUAGAAAUACAUAUGUAUAAUAUAUAUACAAAGUUUAAAUUCAAUUUGUUCAGUGGUUUUGGCUUAAAGGAGUAACAAACAUUCAUCCAAACAAACUUUCACAUUUUUGAUUACUGUGUUUAUCUUUAAGAAUUAUAUAUAUGCCAUUUUCUAUAAACCUUCUUAAGAUAUACUAUUCUGUAGUACAUAAUUUUUUGAUAUAUCUCAUAAGGUUUAUCCAGCGUUAGCAUUGUUAGUGCCAAAAUAUUUUUUUUUACAACUUUUUACAGACUUUUUUUCUACCUUUUAUAAAUAUAAUAUGUUAUAUAUUACAUUUGUAAAUUGUUUGAAAGAAAUUCUCUAAAUGAUGAUGAAAAUCAUCAAAAUUCGUUUUGUAGUUUUGAAGUGCAUAAACAAACAGGCGCAGUUAGUGAUUUUUUUUUACUUUAUAGUAGAAGCCGCUUAUUAAGAACACUCUUGGAUUACGGUGAAAUAUGUCAGUUAACUGAUUGUUUCUAAUAGGCGAUUAAUUACUGUAUUUAUUUAUUUAUACUAUUAAAAACAAAUUGAAAAAAGUAUCAAGUACUAUUACAUAUUAUAUUUUGUAUCUAUAUUAUAUAAUUACUUUAUAUGUUGUGUAAAAAAUGUAUCCAUUCACGUCUGUUUUUUGAUUUUAGUAACUCUUUGAUCAUAAGAGUAAUUUUGCUUACCAUCUUUUUCAUUUGUACAGUAAUGUACUGCUCUCCUGAAGACACACCAAAAAAUGGGGAUCUCUUGCUGUUUUCUUCUUCUACAUUAUCAGUUUUAGCCUGUUCAAGUAUUGGAGGAUUCAAAACCGCCUUAUAGUCUUCUGUUUCAAUAAACCAAUUAAUUUUCAUUGUUUUAAUGUUGCAAGACAUUUUGUUUUAAUAACGCAAUUGUAUCAAUUAUUAUCCAUGUUCCUAAUAAGCAGUUUCUGAUGUAUUUAGAGAUUAUAAGAGUUAAUGGCUUAGUAUUAAUACAAAUACAUAAUACCCAAAUAUUAGUAUUAUAACUACUAGGUUCCUGUGCAUUUAUUCGUUUUUAAAUGAUAAAUUAUUGCACAACACUUAAAGUAUUGUAGUUUACUAAUUUUCCAAGUUCAUCAAAUUAUUUAUUUACAUUAUAAAUUAGGUAGAAAAUUCAUUAAAAGGUCAAAUGUUCCAUAUCAGCUUGGAAUUUUUUUCUUCAAAGCUUUAAUGCAUAAUGUUUACAACUUUAUAUACUAAUACAACAAACAAUACCUAUUAGUUAAAUUUACAGAUAAGCUAUUUAUUGCAUAAAGGUCAUUAACAUACCUUAUGUAUUAUUGAUAUAAGAUUAAAAAAUAAAUUGUUUAACCAUUAUUUUAGCUAAUAACUAGGUUACAACUUAACAGUUAUAUAUAAUAACCAUGUUAAAAAAUGUUUCAUCUGAAAUAAAUAAAUAAAUAAAUUAUUACUACUUUUUAACAAUAAUCUGUAAUAUUAGUCUGUAUUUAUUUGUAAUCUAUAAUAGGUCUAGGUUUUUCUAUUUUUAUUUAAAUUUGAACUCUAAGUGUUUAAUGCUUACAAAAUAAAAACUAAUACAUAACACUUUACAUAACAUCUUUUAUUUUUUAACCACUUAUGAUGAAGCUUGUAUACAAUUGUCAAGCAUUUCUGAUCAGCCAAAAUAAUUUUAUCCACAUAAAACCAAAUAAAAGCAACAAAAAAAAAACUCGAAAACAUCUAAUGAUUAUAUAUAGCUAAAAAAAACAUCAGAAUGUCUUGACAAUUUUACUAUUUUUAGAAAAGACCAAUAUAAACAGUUAAUAAAAAUUGUUGGUCUCAAUAAUUAUUUUUCACGAUUAAAAAAAAAAAAUUAAAAUGAUGAAACUAUUAUUUCUAUAAACCUUAAUGAUUUUUCCCAUUUUUUAUGAAAAUUUCAAGGAAAAUUCAAAAACAUGACAUGUAUUUACGCUUAAAACACUUGGAUACUCUCAGAAAAAUUCUAAAAUUGAAUUUCAAAUUAAGAUUUUUGAUAAAAACAAUAAUGAAAUAUUUUUUACUGUCAAGUUGCUGUAGUCAAUUUUUUUUUCAAUUAUUAAAAAAACUGUUUGGGAAAUUAAAAAUGACCUUCUCAGACCACAAAGCACCAACUAAAUCAAAAAUACAAAAAACAACUUGUCCUUUUUUUUUUAUUUCAGCAAAAAUGGAAGAUAAGUUGUUAACAAAAAAAAUAAAUUACAAAUAUAAUAAAAUUAAUACAUUCCUUGUUUUGCUCAAAAUCUAAAUUUUGCUUGCAUUACGUGGUUAUUAUAACCACAUUAUUGUUGUUGUCAGUCAUACAAUUAUAAUAAAUACAUUUUAAAAAUGUUACAGACUUUUACAGAAUAUUAACAAUUUUUCCCCUACAUGAUCUGAUAUAUUUAUAAUUGUAUAUAAUUUUGUUUUUAAUUAAUACAAUUGAAAUUAUUUUUAAAAUAAAUAAACCAGUUUAUCAAAAUAAAUUAAUGUAUUAAUUUAUCUUGAUGUUUCUUUAUUACAAUAUUUGUAUUUAACUAUAGUGGUGUAAUUAUUAUUUAUUCAUCAUUAGGUAUUUCUUUUUUUUUGCAUUGUUUGACUACAUCAUAUGCGGUUUAUAAUUAUGUUUAGGAGUAGGAGUAUGCAUAGAAAAUUGAUUAAAGCUGCUAUCAUGUUAGAGAUAAAUAAUGAAUAGGUAUUAAUUUUGUACAGUUAUAAAAUAUAAUCUUUAUUUGAAUUAAAACAAUCAAACUAUUAACAUAUCUUUGCUUACAAUUUUAAGGAAUAGUUUAUUGCAUUAAACAUUUAGGUUUUGUUAUUUUUAAUUAUUGAAAGUAAGUUUAUUUACUUAUAAGUUUAGUUUUUAAACUUGGUUUAAAAAUGUUUUUGUUAUUUUUAUACCUACUAAUAAGAGGUUAUAACAUACUUAGUUGAAUUAAAUUUUAAUGUUCUAUGGGCAUUUAUUAAACACUUAUUAAUAUUAUUGAUACAAAAAUAAUUCUCUAUUGUUGAUCAUUUUAUAUUGUUAUCAUUAAUAUUUUAGUAUUUUUUUUUAUUAAAUAAAAUAUUAUUGUUUUUAAUAAGCUAAAUUGAAUAUAAUUUUCUUAUUAUGGUUUAGAUUGAAUGUGAUAAAAUGACUAUUAAAACUUCAAGAGUUAAUGAAGAUAAACCACUAUUAACUGGAACAACUACACUUUACAACCAAAAUGGGUAAUUUAAUUUGUAAUAUUAUUAUAUAUGAUAACUUUUUUCUAGUUUUUAAUAGUUUGUCGAAACAAUUACAUUCAUAAAAAAAUCUUUAAAACAAUAUUUUUUGUUUUUAAAAUUUGAAUUAUCCUGUAAGAAUAAAAUUAACCAUAAUUUAAAUUAUUUUAUAUUAUUUUUACAUAGGAAACAAGUGUACUGACAAUAGUAUGUAAUACAUUUUAAUUACAUUUAUAGUUAAUUCAAUAUAAAUAACAUUAAAAUAAAAUAGACACUUGCCUUAUCAUUAAUAAUGUAGAUACCUUAACAUUUUUGUCAUCUAAAAUUAAAUUAAAAAAGUAAUAGAAUUACAUAACAAAUGUAAUUACAAUAUUAUAUAUUGAAUACAUAAUUAUUACAAUAAUUAAUUAUUAAUACAAUAAUUUAAUACAUUAUUAAAUAUUCCAGAAAUAAUUUUCUUUCACCAUCAUUUAAAACGUCACCAAAUUCUUCUGGAGUGAGUGACACAAUAGGAAAAAAUGGUGAUGUUGGUGAAUCUACAUUAGAUUAUAAUCCAUUGCUAAACAGACAACUAGAAAAUCCAACAUCGUAAGUUUUGAAAAAUUUAAUUAGUUUAUAUUGAUCAUUACUACAUUUUUUUAAGACAAGGUUAUACAAUCAUUUAUUAUCUCAGUCAAAUAACAAGAUGCAAAAUUGCAUUAUUUAAAACCAUAAACUGUGAUGUUAAGGUUGAAAUUAGAGUAUUUUUCAGGCUACCUAGUACUUUACUAUUUUCUAUAAAAUUGUCUUACCAAAAAGUUCAAGCUAUUUCAAAAAAAAAACAAAAACUAGUAUUGUUCUAAAUUUUUUGAUUGACAAUAUUUAAAAAACAAUUAUUAUUUAUGUUUAAACUUUAAUUAAAACUUAAACAUACAAUUUUGUAUACUUACUAAGUUACAUAAUUUUGAUGUUUCCUGUUGUGGUUAGACUAAGAUAUUAAUUGGUGGUAUAGCAUGUUCUUAAUAUGAGAUUAGUUACUAUACUUAGUUAACAAAACAAUUAUUUUUACAACUUUUAUCAUUCCAUAUAGAUAAGUUAUUUCGAUUUACAUGAAUUUAAUUUUUGUAUGUAGUUCUCAAUUGGAACUUAGCAAAAAAAUAAUACUUGUAACACGUGCACUAAGAUAUGUAAUUCACAUGUUACCUUAUCAUUUUUGAACUAUGUAUUUGUUUAUUGUUUAAUACAAAUGUCUAAUCACUAUGUGCACAAAGGUUAAUCUUCAUUAUAAUAUAUUCUUAUACAUCAUAGAAUAAGGAAUAUAUAUUAAAAAAAUAAAUAAAUAAAUAUCAAUUAGUAAUAACUAGUAAUAAUCAUACGUCAUAGUUUAUACACAAUAAUUUACAUGAUUUUGUUAAUGUAUGAUUUGUUAACUAUUUUUAUAGAAAACUAGUUUUAUUUUUAGUAUAGUUAGAUUAUUGUUAAAUAAUAACAUAUUUUUAUAACCUAUCUAUAUUAAAGCACUAAUUUAUAUAUUCGCAAAAAUCGUUAUGUAUACCAAGUUCACCAAGACUUACCACAUUUUAUAUAUUGUUUCUUAAUAAAGGCAAAACAAUUCAAAACUAAACAAAUUGAUAUCACUACUUAUAUCAUUUAAUAAACUUUCAUUAAUCCAAUUAUAUUUUGUUCCUUUUAAAUCUUAUAUUUUUUAAGAACUCACUGUAUAUAUACAUAUAUGUUGCUAAUUAGUAAUUACCAAUUUAUUUUAAUGAUGAUACAUCAUGUCAAACAAUAUAAAAGAAUGUAUUGGUUUUUAUUAUGUAUUUGAAUAUUUAUACGUAAUUGUUUCCACUGCAUAUUAAUCGUUACUUUAUUUUUAUUUUUUUUUAGAAACUUUGAUACCAUGGUACAUUUAUUAAAGGGAAAUAUUGGUACUGGAAUUUUAGCUAUGCCUGAUGCAUUCAGAAACUCUGGCUGGGUUGUGGGUUUAAUAUGUACCAUACUUUUGGGUGCUAUUUGCACACAUUGUAUGCAUAUUUUGGUAUGAAUAUAUACACUUUAUUUUAAUAGAUAUCAAUAUCAAAUGUAAAUUUUAGGUACGAUGUUCUCAUGAGCUAUGUGUUAGAACUCAAAGUCCAUCUCUUUCAUUUCCAAAUGUUGCAGAAAUGGCUUUUGAAUAUGGACCACCCAAGUUGAGAAAAUAUUCAUCAACUGCUAGUAAAUUUAUUAAUACUUUCCUAGUUAUUACCCAGCUGGGCUUUUGCUGUGUGUAUUUUUUGUUUGUGGCAACUAAUUUACAAGAGGUAAAUUUUUUAACAAAAUAUUUAAAAUGUACUAAGUAAUAAAAUAAAUUAUUUUCAGGUGAUCUCCCAUUAUUUUUUUUAUAUGUCUGUUCAAUGGUACUUAGUUAUACUAUUGGUACCUAUGAUAUUUUUGAAUUGUGUGAAGAGCUUAAAGUAUCUAACUCCAGCAUCUUUUUUGGCAACCGUAUUGACAGUUAUUGGACUAGGAAUAACAUUUUUCUAUUUACUUCAAGGACUUCCGAAAACAUCAAGUGUUAAAGCUUUUUCAUCAUGGCAUCAAUUACCACUUUACUUUGGAACUGCAGUAUAUGCUUUUGAAGGCAUUGGAAUGGUAUAUUGUAUUUUAAAGUUUUUAAAUAGACAAAUUGCAUUAGAACUAAUAAUUAUUUUUAAACAUAGGUUUUACCGUUAGAAAAUAACAUGAAAAAUCCAGAAGCAUUUAAUGGAAUGACUGGAGUUUUAAAUACUGGAAUGGUCAUUGUAACAUGCCUUUACACCUCUAUAGGAUUUUUUGGUUAUUUGCGCUAUGGUGAUGCUGUUAAAUUAGGAAGUAUUACUUUAAAUCUUCCAUCUCAAGAUUUGUAAGUAAAAUUACCUUAAUAAUUUGUUUUAUUUAAAUUCUAGUGGGAAUAAUAAAUAAAUAUCUGCUUAAUUAUUAUUAUUCUUUUUUUUAUUCUUUGACUUAAAUAAUCUAUACAAUCUAGCACAAUAAGUUUAUAUGAUAAAAGUAGAAUAUAAUAUGAAAGGUGUGAAUUAAGCAGCCACCCAUUAGUGGCUCUUGGCUUUUGAUAAUUAUUAUUACUAUAAUUAUUUUUUUUUCUACCAAAAAACGUGUUUCGGAGUAUAGACUAUGAGCAGUGGUUUCAAAUAAGCAACCAAAAAAAAUAAAAAUAAAUAUUUAUUUCUUCAAAAAUUUUGAUUUUUUUUUUUUUUUUUUUUGUUUUAUAAUUAUAAUAAUCAAUAAAAAUAUUACGUUUUGCUUUAAUUUAUAUUGUUUAUUUUACAUUUUGUAUUAAAAUGAGUAAAAAAAAAAUAGUAGCGAAAAUGUGUUUUUCCCUCAAACUUUUGACGUAUAAAUAUUGGCCCAUUGGUAAUUUGUGUUAGAGACCACUGGACUAUAGUACAUUUUAUGAAAGGUAAUUUUGUCUUAUUUAGUGCAUAGAGGAGAUAAUUUUUUUUUCAAAGGGUUUUCCAAAUAACUGGAAAAGAUGCAAAAGAAAAUUAUAGGUCAAAUGGUAAUUAUGGCACGCCCCAUGGCAUUACUUUAUUGUUAUUAUUAUGUUUACACAAUAUUUUCUAUCAGAAAUAUUGCUUAAAUCCAAAAAUGACAAGAGAUCAUUUUUGUUCCUUUUUCCACAUAGCCACUGUUAUGAACAAUCCUUUUUUCAAUAUCUAAAGUAUUUUUUAUAAUAAUUUGGAAAAAUCAAAAAAAAAAAAAUAUACAAUUUUUUUCAAAUUACAGCAAAAAAAUAUGAUUAUUUUAAAUUUGUAUGGCUUAUGUUUACUGUAAUAAAUAAUACUCCAGUAGGUAAACGACAAAAACCCUGUUUUUUUGUAUUUUUAAUCCAAUUCAUGAGUAAGUUUUUUAAUUUUCUCUGUAGUUUUAUUGGGAGAAAUACUAGGAAAAAACAAAAAAUGAAAACUGGAAAAUUUAUAGCGCUCCAAUUUUCACGCUUUCCAUUUUUUACCAGAAAUAUUGCUUACAUAGAUCUUUUUUUGUUGAAUCUUUAGUCGUACUAUUAACUAAGAAAGUCAAUUUUUGAUUUUUAUUGUAGUUUUUUUUUUAUGAUUGAGCAAAAUCAAAAAAUACGUAGAAAAUAUGGAAAAUUUACAAUAUAAUUCUUUAUUAUUUUAAAUUUUGUUUUUUUAAUUUUAUUCAGUUUGAAAUUUUUGUAGAAACCUAAAAUGUUGUCAGAGAACUUAUAUUUAUUUUUCCUAGACGUAGUUAAACUUUCAGAGUAUUAGAGCAAUUUUGAGCAUUUUAAUUUUGUGAGUUUUUUACCUAAUUUUUAUUUGGUUGGUACUCUGUAGAUUAAUUGUUUAGCUUAACAGAAAUACUUGAACAUUUGAUGGAUGAUUCAUUAAAGGUCAUACUUAGUGUUAAAAAAAAAAAAAUUCAGUUUGAUGUAGUAUUUUUUUUUUUUUUUUAUAUAUAUAUAAGAGUUGAAAUCAAAUUUUGAUGAAAAUUGUUAAUAUUAAGACCUUUCAAAACAUGUAUUACCAAAUUCUUUUCUGAAUCAUAAUCAUUUUUUGUUAUAUAUGGCUUAUCGUUGGUUACAAAUAUAAAUUAAAUAACUUUAUGUAUCCCACAUUUCUCAGUAGACACCUACAACAGUGCCCGUACCCGUCCCUAGUAUCAGCUCUUUUUUUUCAUAUGAGUUAUCUCAAAUUUUUGACAAAAUUCAUUAUACAAAUUAACUAAAUGUGUAUGUUAUUUUUUUCGAAAUCUGUGGACAUAAUUUUCAAAUGAAAUUUAGCAAAUGGUUAAUUUUAAUUUAUUGUUGCAUUUAGUAUUUAAACAAAAUUACCCUAUAUUGUACUUCUUCAAUUUUUUAUUACUGUAAAAUUGUAUUGACCUUAUUUUUCAGAUUAGCACAAAGUGUCCGAGCAGCUAUGGCAUUUGCAAUAUUCUUGUCAUAUAGUCUCCAGUUCUAUGUUCCAAUAGGUAUUGUUUGGCCUGCUUUAAAAGGAUAUUUUCAUUCACAGUCUACUCAGCAUUAUGCUGAAUUGAGUAUUAGAGUAUUUCUUGUUACACUAACAUGUAAGUAUACAAAUAUUUUGUAUUUUCAAGGUUCUAAUAAUUUUACCUUGAAAUCUAUUUAAUAAAAUGGAAUACUUACCUAAUUUUAAAAUAUUGUUUUACAGUCGCGUUAGCAGCUGCUAUUCCAAACUUAUCAGCAGUUAUAUCUUUAGUGGGGUCCUUUAGCAGUUCAGCACUAGCAUUGAUUUUUCCUCCAAUUAUUGAGCUCAUGACUUUCUGGGACCAGUGUUCUGGAAAAGAGUUUGUAUUAAUGUUUAUCAAAGAUAUUGUUAUUGUAAUAAUUGGUUUUCUUGGAUUUGGUUUUGGGUCAUAUGUGAGUUUGUGGAAUAUUAUUGAACCCAUUAGUCGUUAAUUUAGCAUGGCGAAUAUUAAUGUUUCAGUAUUUCAAUUAUUAAUCUUAAUGUUUAUUGAAUUCCUAUACUGAUUAUAAUUUUAGCUUAUUUUACUUAUUUAAGCUUUAUGUUUAUAUGUUUUAACAAUUUUUUUAAAACAGUUACUUUUUUUACUAUUUUGAAAAUGAUAAAUGCAAUUAUCGUUAUAUAUUUACUUUUAUUAAUAUGAGUUUACCUGGCAUGAAAAUUUAAUUUAAAUGGUAAUUAUUAUCAUCUACUAUUAUAUAUUUUAAAUGAAUUACUCAUAAUUCUGUUAUUGAAAUGCCAUGAUCAAUCUUUACCUACAUUAAUUUUAGAAUAAAGUUUCAUUCCUUUUAACCACUUAAAAUAUGUGAUUAUUAACUUUAACUCUUUUUAUCUAAAUUAUUAUUAUUUUUUAGUAUUAUUAUUAAAACAAUUAAUUUUAGUUAACACAUUCCUUUAUGAUACCAAAAACUGCAUUUUUUCAUUAUUUAAUUUUAAAAUUAUGUUAAAAAAUGUAUAUUAAUCUAAACAAUACCAUGUUAAUUAUUUAUAGUAUAUAUUUUAAUUAGACAUUUAGAGAAAAUGUAUACUAAUAUAAUAUUUUUAAAAGAGAAGAUAAAUUAUCGAGUGAUGGCAAUUUUAAAUCAUUGAAAUUUAACUAUUUUUUAUUAUAUUAAUAUUCUUUAAAGAAUAGUCAUAUUAACCUUACAAUACUACACUGCUACAAAUACAAUUCCCAUGAUAAUGAUGUUUGGCUUUUAAUGAAUUUGAAUUUGUAAUAGAAAAGACACAAACAUAAAUAUGUAGUAACAAUGUGCACAUACUGGUUUUUUUCGUUAAUUGAUUUGUUUCCUUUUGUACCAAUUAAUUUUUGUAAAUCUAAUUUACAAGCCAUUAGUGAUUAAAAUAAGUUUGUUUUUAUUAUAUUUCUUUUAUUUGAUUUUAUUGUAUACUGACCAACAAAAUGUUUUAUUUGCUUGUAUAUUGAUUAUAAGAUACUACUUUUUAUAACUUAUAAUUAAUUGAAACAUAUUCUUUUUCUUACAAAUAUUUACAAUUAUAAAAAUAAAAAUUGAAAGUAUUAACUAUGUUCUUAAGAAUUAAAAUCAUUUUUAUAAUGCCCAAGUUUAUAUAUAUAAAUAUAUAAUACAUAUUAAAACUUACCACAAUAUGAUUAUGCUUUAUUGCAAAUACGUAUUUUGAUAUUAAGAUAAUGUCAUACCUGCAUUUGCUAUCACCAUUUAACUAACAGGCAAUAUAGCAAAAUUAUGUUAUUUUGAAUAUAAAUUUUAGUAUUGAGGUUAAAUAAAAUUGGUUUGAACACUCAUUAUAUGGUUUUUUCUAAUAAAAUCUGUUGUCCAAAUAGGUAAGUAUAGCUGUUAGUUUUUAUUUUUUGGAAUACAGCUGUAACUUUAAUAUGCAUAAUAAAAUUAUUAAAAUGGUUUACUCAUAAAUAAAUGUAUAUAUAAAAAUAAAAAAUUAAUGAAUUAAUUAAUUAUGCUUAACAUCUUGACUGAAAUUUUUAAUUUGAAACUGGUCAUAUAAUACAUUUAUCAAAAUACUCCAUUCAUUUUUUUUUUAUUUUUAUUUACUUUAUUUCUUUUAUACAAUUUGUUUAGGAAAAAUUUUAGCCUUUAAACAUUAUUUUUUAAAUUUUAUUAGUUAUGUUUAAACUUAAGUUUUAACCUCAUCAUCUUGAGUCAUUAUAUUCAAUUUUCAAUUCAACAGUUCCAAUUAUAUUCUGAUUUGUUUUUGAUAUUAGUUUAUUGUAAAUUAAAACAGUGGUGGGACAUAUAGCUUAUAUAUACAAUAAACACAUUUAAAAAAAAUCUUUUCCCCAAUUAAUCAUGUUAAUUAAGUAUGUAAUUGAAAAUUAAAUUACUUUGAGAUAUUUUCAAAAUCAAAAUGGCCUUUUCAAGUAAACAGUAAUUUAUUAGUAUUCAACUUAUAAUAAUUAACACAUACAUUUUAUUAUUACAAAACAAAAAUUAUAUUAGAACUUGCAUUAUUUGUAUUGUUUUAUAGUGUUCAUUUAAUAUUAUAUGUCUGUUAUUAGUUUUAAUAAUGUACUAUAUUUUUUUUAAUUUACUUUUAUGAAUGGAAUAAGAACAUUGUAAUUAUUAUUUAUUAUGUAAUUUUCUAAAGCUAAUUGUAUUUAUCAUAUGACUAUGUGUGAUUGAACAAAAGGUAAUUAAUGACAAUAAAUUUGAAACUAAUUAAUGUUUGUUUUUUUUUUUUUGCUUUAUCCAAAUAAAUCUUACUUUUUUUAUUAUUGAACAUAAAAUAUUUU